AUGACAUCGAAAAUCCUGUAUGCGACUGGUUGGGAAGUUAGACCAACUGAGCAGAAGGGUUUGGGGUUGUUCGCUAUAAGGCCUUACUCAAGGGGCACUCUCAUUGUAGAGUAUACAGGCGAUGUUAUAGACUUCUUUGAAGUGGAGGACAGGGUCGAAACCAUAUAUAAGGAGAGAUCGCAGUAUUAUUUCAUCAGACUUGAUGAUAAUUUGAUCAUUGAUGCAGGUCAACACGGCUCCGUGGCUAGGUUCGUGAAUCAUUCCUGUGACCCAAAUGCUGAAAUGCAAAAUUGGGUUGUAGACGAGACUCCAAGGAUUGGUCUAUUCGCUAAGAAGGAUAUUGCUGCUGGUGAGGAAAUAACAUAUGAUUAUAACUUCGAGAAUGCUGAAGACCCUGAAAAGUGUUACUGCGGCUCAAAACACUGUCGAGGAUACAUC